AUGCCUGGUACCAUUCGUGAAAUUUCGGAAUCUCUCUCAUCUACCAAUGAACCUUCUCAAUUCCCUCAACUUACCGAACAACACAUACUCAAUUGCGCCUUUUCUGCUUGGUAUGACACUUUUCGAAGAGUCACUCUAAAAUCCCAGAUAAUCAAACCAUUGCCAGUUGAGUUUAUCGAAUACCUUCAGGCCGAUAGCGUCUAUCUUCCCGAAUACAAGUUAGAAUCUCUCCCUAGUUUUCCUGAACUUGAAAAUCAAAUAUGGGAUAUAAUUAAUAAAUUUGAUGGAGCGGUAUUUCCAAAGUUGAAUUGGAGUUCGCCUAGGGAUGCCACUUGGAUAGCCGCCACGAAUACUCUAAAAUGUAAUUCGCCAUCAGAUAUCUUUCUCCUACUGAAAGCCUCCGACUUUAUUGCGCAUGAUCUUGAUCACGCUUUCGAUGAUUGUCAGUACGAAAGUGACGAGUCGGUCCGACGAAAACAUCCCGAAUCAUACGAAUUAGUAUUACGAAAAUGGUAUGAUGUCGCAACGUCGAUGGAAUUCCGAUGUUUUGUCAAGAACAACGAAUUGAUAGGAAUUUCACAGCGCGAUGUCAAUUUUUAUCCAUUUCUCCUUGAUAUUAAGGAGGAGCUGCGAUCAAAGAUAACACAAUUCUUCAUUUUAAAUAUUCAACACAAGUUCGCAAAUAAUAAUUAUGUUUUCGAUGUAUACAUCACGCGAAAUCGGGAACGUGUAUGGCUUAUUGAUUUUAAUCCGUUUAGUCACACAACUGAUAGCCUACUCUAUAGCUGGGAUGAAAUAUUAGAAGGCAUGCAAAUUAAUCAAUAUUUUUUUCCCACGACACAACUUGAUAUGCGAUUGAUUAGAACACAAGCUGAAGCCAGCCAAUCCCGAAACCAGCCAUUUUCUGUGAACCGUUAUCCUCGUGAAAUGUUCGAUCUUUCUCAAGGGCAGACCUUAGCUGAGUUUGCCGAGAGAUUUCAGCGCGAACUAGUUUUUGCUGAGACAGAUCAGGAAUCAACGGAAAAUGAGAAUUCUUAA